UGGUACUUUUUGGAUGUUUGUGAUUGCUAAGAAAUGCUAGAAAUUUGGCUGAGGUGAACCUGAAAUUGGCCUUUUAUACUAGGUUUCCAGUUGCGAGAGAUUAGUUGAUUAGUCAACUUUUACAAAUAUUUUUGCACAUCCCUAGUUGCAACACAAAUGCUACAUAAGCAGAGGGCAUGUCACUUGGAAAUAGAUUGCUGCUAUCUAAUCCUCUGAAGGCAACAGUUUGUUUCUCACGUAAUGCCCCAGAGAUAAAUGAUACACGGCUUCCUUGCUGCAAUCUGCAAUCUGUGCUGCGGAGUCCUCCUCCUGAAUACUGAUCUAAGAUCUGUGCUUCUGGGAGUUGAGGGAUGUGAUGUCAUUCCCGCUUUAUGCCUUAUGGAAUACCGCAGGUGGUUACUGAAAGAAACCAAACAAAGUCUAGCAGCAGCUACGGUACGUUCUGCGUGCUUGCGAGCUCGAUGCUGAUCUCAGAGCAGAGCAGCUCUAAUGAGGACCGUCUUUAUUUAAAGAGCACACUCACUGUACACCCACACCUCCGCCUUUGUGUUGUCUUGUUACUCGGUUUCCAUAGCGGUCCGUUCUGUGUUGUGAGCGUCUGAAGGGAGUGGACCCUGCAAGAUGACAUAGAGUUGCAGUAGUAUGAGAGUGACUACUUGACUAAAUGCACCUGAGAGCAUCUGUAUGGAUCAUGUUUGCUCAGCACUUAGUUCACGGCCUCGGGACAGGACGGGAAUUCAAGGGCUGUGCUGGAGGCCUGCACUGAGACUACGAGUCGCGUUGGGAUUGUAAUGACUUAAGUGGGUCGCAACACUCGAUGAAACACUGGAGGCAACUGAAUGAGGUUCUUCCUGCAGUCCUGGAGACACGCUCUCAGAGGGAAAUGAUUCCGCAUGAAUUGCAUGGACCGCUCUCCCACAGCAGGUGUGACUUCCGUUGCUUAAGACUGAAAUCUGUGUCCAUCCGACCUUAGGCACAGGACACAUCCUCUCAUACCACCACUCUCCUCUCUACCCCAUUCCCAUCCUCGCUCCGAGCCAGUCAGUGGGACGGCAACACUCUGUUAGCAAUACAAACAGAGACCAAGAGGGAGAGAAAAGAGCCAAAAAAGACGGGGAAGAAACAUCCAGAAAGAGUGGUACAAGAUUCUCAGACACCAUGAAGUCAAACCAGGAGCGGAGCAAUGAAUGCCUGCCCCCAAAGAAGCGUGAAAUCCCAGCAAGCACUCUGCCCUCAGAGGAGAGGCCCAUGGUGAUGGCGCCUGCCAAUGAGAGCCAGCGUUCAGGGAACCUGGCCUGGCUUGCCAGUUUGGCAAGCGGACAUGACAGAGGGCGGCAGCACACCAGCACCUCCUCAGAGUUUGAUGGGCCUCAGUAUAAACCAUUGUUAGCCACAGCUGAGAGCACACAUCCCAUGUCCACGCACUUAACCAGAUCUCCCACUGCAGUGACCACCAUAUCUGCAGUGUACACAUCACCCCUCUCUCAGCAUGCUGGCACCAUCCAGUACACACCCCUGGCUCCUAAUCUUCACUUCAUCAGCUCUCCGUACCCUGCACCAUACGCUAGCUACAUCUCACCUCUUGUUCCCCCUUUGGCUGCCACCACUACCACACAACGUGAGGCUUAUGCCAGCACCCCCAGUUCUCUAGCAUCCAAAAUUGACCAGCACCACCAAUUGGGCCGUCCUACAGGCCUGGUCACAACUGACAACACCUCUUUGCCCCACUCCACCCAAUACGUCCAAAUUGCUGGUUCUCCUCUAAGCGUAUCUCCUCGGACUGCUCCGUCACCCCAUGCUCACUUGCCUCUACACUUACACCCUCACCACACGCUCCCCAUCAGUGGCCACUCGCCAGUCUUAGUUCAGUACACAGAUGGACCUUUACCCAAGAGGGAGGAGACAAGGCACAGGGAGAUGCUGAACGGAGAGCUAGAGAAGGACAGACGCUUUGGUCCAUCUCCCGAAUCUAGUGCAGGGAAGCAGGGCAGCACUGCCAAAGGGGGUACCUCUACUCAACAGCACCAGAUCCACCAGCAGCAGAGCCCACGUCACUAUGAGACUCGGCAUGUGGUGCUCCCUGCCGAAUAUGUGCAAGACAGCGCUACCAUGCGGACCUCGUUGGUGUUGGUACCCAACAGUCAUAGCUCCAGUGGUACACCUGACAAGCUGCCUCCCCCAACAUCCCACUCUGAGAAAGGAGGGAUUUGCGCAGGCAAACCUGUGUCCCGUAGUUCCUCCUCCUCGGCCUCCCUUCCAUUUCCUCCUCCCCCUCCACCUGUGGACAGUUUGAAGGGGGCGUCUCCUCAUGCAGUCAUUCAGACCACACAUAACACCACAGAGUCACUCUCCCUGGGCCUCUCCUCCACCAAUUUCUAUUCUGCCCAGCAGCCCAUCAUUGGUUACAUUGCCGGCACAGGGCACCAGCAACCUCUCAGUUAUCACACCAGCCUUCCCCAGCACCUAGUCAUCCCUGGAACUCAACCAGUCAUCAUCCCAGUGAGUGGAACUGAAGCUACUGCUAUAUCGACUACACCACCCUUGCCUGCAGCACUACCCCAUACUUUCGUCACCUCAACGGCCCCAAAAGUAGAGACUUUUGAGACUACAGCCCCAUACCCUCACCCUGCCGCAGCUGUGGUUCAAGCCCAGUUGCAUCUGCCUGUGGUUGCGGCCCCUGCUGGCCUGCUGACGACUCCACCGCCACCCUCAGCCCCUUCACUGCCCCCUUACUUCACCAAGGGCUCCAUCAUCCAGUUGGCAGAUGGGGAACUGAAGAGGGUGGAGGACCUGAAGACAGAGGAUUUCAUUCAGAGUGCUGAGAUCAGCAAUGAGCUGAAGAUUGACUCCAGCACUGUAGAGCGUAUCGACAGCAGUCAUACACCUAACUUUGCUAUUAUACAGUUUGCUGUAGGAGAGCAUCGCUCACAGGUCAGCGUGGAGGUGUUAGUAGAGUAUCCUUUCUUCGUGUUCGGCCAGGGCUGGUCGUCAUGUUGUCCAGAACGGACAACCCAGCUGCUCGAGUUGCCAUGCACCAAGCUUUCAGUAGGUGACGUCUGCAUCUCUCUCACCCUGAAGAACCUGAGGAAUGGCUCCAUCAAAAAGAGCCAGGGGCAAGUUUUGGAUGCGCCUACCCUCGGUCCACCCCUUAAAUCACCCAAAGCACUCUCCAGUGGCAUGCGAGGGGGGGUUCGGCACAUGGAACAGGAAAAUGGACUCGGGCAGUGUGGAGAUCAGGGAGGAGGAGGCGGUCAAGGCAAAAGAGAGAAUGGAGAACUGAGGUUUGGCGAAAGAGACAUCUGCAAAGCACCACCGGUCACUGAAUCAGAGUCCGGCAGCAAACCCACAGGCCGCAAAAGGAGGUGGUCAGCCCCUGAGGGCCGCAAAGUAGAAAAUCCUGAAGGAGAGCCUCCUUUAACGUUCCCCAAGCCUUCUUUCAUCCCUCAGGAGGUUAAAAUCAGUAUUGAAGGCAGAUCAAAUAUUGGAAAGUGAAUGCGGAUUGGACUGUCAUAUUGUAAAAGCAAAAUUUGCCCUCAGAAUGUUUUAGGUUCUUUUUUAAUUUGAGUUCUGAUUUAAUUUUCUAUUCAGAUUAUUUUACCUAAAGGCUAAAUUUACUCAGUAUGUACAUUAUCACUUUAAACAUUGAUGCAUUCAAUAUUACACAGGCAAUUGGUGCAAUUCAUUUAAUUGGUCAAAAUCAGGGCAGAUGUAGUUUAAGGUGAGAAGGUCGUGAGAUACCUGAGCACUGCAUGAUAUCCUGAAGGCUUCAGUAUAUACAAUCAUUCACAGCUAACAAGGCUUAGACGUCUCUCUAGUCUCUUACCUCUUACAUCCUCUACUUUUUUUAGCACAGACAAAUCUGGUUUAUCUACACCUAGUGGCAAUUAAAACAUUCACCUGCUGAGUGAACCUGAAAAUGUUAGUAAGGGAAGAUGAACAACUGGUGUGUAUAACAUUGCUAAUGGUGGCAGAACGGAAAUCACUCCUCCACUGGUUGCAGGAGCUUACAUGAUGUCAGCCAUCUAGUUUAACUGUGACUGAAAAAGACUAUCCAAAUCAGUGCUAACAAUGUAGAGCAGUAUCGUCAGCACAGUUAGACUAGCUUAGAUUAUAUUAACAUUUACUGAAAUGCAAGAAGAGGUUUCCAAAUACUAUGGUACAGGCCAAGAGAGAUGAUGUCAUUGAGCUAUGCCAGUUGCUCCUCAGAAAGAUGAAACUAUCAUUUAAAGCAGGGAAGAUGGACGAGUCUAUUUUUAUAUAUCCAACUGUCUAACCUUUUAUUUGAUUAUUUUUGUAGUUUCGCAUGUUUUAAUUUUCCGUCUCACUUUUCAUACCAUACAUGACGGGUAGUUUUAUUUGUAAUUUUUUUUUUUUUGUGAUGAAUGUGUAAACCUUGAAAUCAGGGGUAAUUUUUUUUACAUAGAUGGGUUCUUGUCUAUGUGUGUGUGUGUAUAUAUAUAUAUAUAUAUAUAUAUAUAUAUAUAUGCAUGGAUGUAUCUUGAUGCAUACAAACACAAUGGGUGAGGACUUCGACCAGUCCCUUGUUUUUAGUGCAGUCUCACCUGUUUUUUGUUCAAACAAGAGAAAGUAGUUUUUUUUUUCCAAAAGAAAGAGAGCGAAAGUUGUCUGAGAAGGAUGAGAUGAGUGUUGUCCUGAAGCACUUACCUAACACACCCGUCAAACUCACUAGCUGAUAGUAGUUUUAAUCAAAUGAGUCAAAUUAUAAUUAUUUAAAUUAUUACUAUCAUUUUUUUUAUUGCUACUACUAUUUUCUUUGAUCUAUCAACAUGAACACAGUACUGUAUGCUGUAUCAUGAAUUGGAUGUUGUGUGGCACUCUGUGGUAUGGUGAUUGCUCACAAGGGUCACUGUGAAGGGAUGAAUGUAACAAGUGAUAAAAGAGAAAACAAUGAGAUCUAAGAGGAUUGCUUUAAAGGAAGCACUUUUUUCAUUGCGUAUGAUUGGCUUAUCCUUCUCAAGCAAUCCGACAGCUUGAGUAAAGAUGGGCACAAGAGGCCAUGGCCCAGAAACAACUGCCAUUUAAGUCAUAUAAAGCAAAAAGAGUCGUAUGAAAGUGGGAAUGCAGGUAGAAUUAAGUACAGAGACUGUUUGUAUAUUUAAGAGAGAUAUGAGAGAAAAAGUGAAAGUGAGAAACUCUGGCUAUAGAAAUCUUCUGAGGAUCGAAGGGUGUCAUGUUCCUGUUUGUUAGCAAUGUAUGUGGUCGUGCACGCAUGCGAGUCUGUGUGCUGUUGCGCACGGGCUUAAACACACACAGACUCGUACACGGUUACGGUAAUUUCAAUCAUGUUGAAUUAUGUCAUGUAUUUUUUGUACAUUAACAUGUAUAGAACUGCAUAUGUUAUAUCUAUCCUACUGUAUGAGAGCGCAAGACUACAUGAGAACGUUUUUAGUCCCAUCCCCCAAGACACUGACUCAUCGAACGUAUGUGAAAGCAGUCAUGUAGUAAUUUCAGUGAUCUGUAGUAUAUUUGUGAGUGUGCAUGAGUGUAUGUUUGUGUGCGUGCAAGUGUAUGUGUGUGUGUGUGUGUGUGUGUGUGUGUGUGUACAUACCACACAUAUUAUAAAUAGAUAUUUAAGUUCUACUUAAAAGAAUAUUGCAAUUUGCACAUUUGGAGAGAUAGUAACAUGAUUUAUUUUGUUUUCUGCCAGCACAGGACGGGGCCGAAAACCCAAUUUUUACUGAAAUGUAGCAGUUUGUUGACAAGUUUGCUUGGUUAGCAGGUCUGUUGGGUUCAUUUUCAUUAGGAAAAUCAGGAAGCCCCUUUUCAGGGGGUUUGAAUCACACACAAACACAUAAAAGUAGGAUUGUGUAUGGUGCUGUGUCAAGGUGUUCGCUUCAUAGGGGUGGAUGAAGUCAUAGCCUGUAGCCUGCAUACUUGUUGAGUCCUUUCAGUGGCCACCCUCAAGUUAGCUUGGGUAGGUGAAGAUCUGGCAGGAGGAUGGGUGGUAGUACAGAAUAAAAAAUGCAUGGAUGGAUGGAUGGAUUUAAUGAGUGGUGGAGGGUUGAUGGGGGAGUGCACCCCAUAUACAAUUUGAAAAUGCUUUAUUUUUUUAUAAUAAAACAGGGUUUCUCAGAUCAACACCACAACUGUGCAUUUUUUUCUUUUUUCCAUUUGACAUGACGUCUCUGUCCGCUCAAAUUGUGCAUGUUUGAGUUUUACUUGGAAUGUUUGUGUGGAUGUGUCUGCUUAAACCAAUCAAACUUGAUAUUUUUGUUGGUUUCGAUAUUUAUUUUGGGCCAAAAGGUAGAAAUAAGAUGUGAUAUUGUUUGUCCAUUGAACCACCCCAACAACACAACUGUCAAUGGCGAAUCAGUCUCGCAUUUGUUUUGUUUCUCUGAUCUUUCGCUGUUGUCCUUCUUUUCAUGUAAUGAUCAGUGUUUUCGAUGUCGCUCAUUGUUUCGAUCGUUUUACAGUCUGCCUCCUUCUGGUUGCACAGUGCGGUUCCACGUACACAUGAGAAGCAUUCCGAACAACGGCACGUAGCAAUAACCCUUAGUCUUUAGUGCUGAACCAAAAAAAAAUAUAAAAAAUACAGAACCGGACAUCAACGCCAGGCCUUCUGUUCGACCUCAGCAAGCUGUUUUUAUCCUCUUUAGGUUGAUUUGCGGUUUGCACAGCCAGCCCUCAGUAACUUCAGGGAGAAAUAUAUAUUCAUAUGCAGUGACAGAGUCUGUCCCCUUCUAGCCAUCUUAACCCAUAAUCGAUAGUGACCUCCAGUUGCUCUUCAGGUGCCCAUACAGAACCAGUACACCUCUCUCAGAGUAUGUUUACCCAACCGCAACCGUUAGCUACCUUCUUUUGCCUGGCAUGUACGUGCGACCGCUUUCUCACCCAACACACCCAGUAUAGUUCAAGAACGUUGUUUUCUUCUCUCCCUUUUUAUCUGUCUCUCUUUCUUAUUCAUAGCCAUAGAACCUUGACAGUAUUUGUGAUGGAGUUUCAUAUUGCCUAGCUUGUUGAAAUUACAGUAGUUUUUUAGGUUUUAAGGGAGGAAAGGUAGUUAUAACUGUUGACUCAUUAAUGUUUUGUUAACGCUCACCUAUGAUAUCUAUUAAAGUCAAUGUAAAUUGACAUUUCAACCCAUUUUACUUCCAUAAUGUGAUGUAUUUCAGAGUUGAAAAGGGAUAUUCAAUCAAGAAAAGUGGGCUUUUCAGACCAGAAUGCAGUCUGACUGCUAAAAUAAUACCUAAAUACCUAAUUGAUAAAUAUUCCACCCAUAGCCUGUCUAGCUGAAGUGAAGUCAAGACAAGAAAAUUAUUCUUUACGAUGUUUUACAAACAUUGGAGUACCAUGCACCGAUGAAUCGCUCACAAUAAGACCUAGAAUGAGCACUGAGGAAGUAAAUAGGGUCGAUAUUGAUUCACACUCACUUUAAGUGUCACCUGUUAUGUACCAGGAGACAAACAAGUUUAAAUUCUUAAUUCCAUGUAUGUUUUUUUUUCUUUUUUUUCUGCAUUUGGACUUGAAGACCGAUGACCAUGUCACUGAUUGCUUUUCAAAUAUUGAAGAGUAAGUCCAACUGCAGAUGAAUUAAACAUGCUUGACGUGCGAUGACCUGAAUGAAUGAACCAUCACAGAUGUUCUGUGCCGUCUCAUUUGAUGGUCAUCACAAACAAAGAGAAUAAAAGAUGCACAUGGUACAGCUGGCGGUUUAUUGUGCUGAUAAUGAUAGUCUCUUUUGACUUCCAUUGCUGAGAGAUGAGAAAAAUAAGAGAACAGUAAAAGUGGCGGCCACUAUUUUGAUACCUUUUUUUUUUGCAUCAAUAUCAUUUAAAAACUUAAACCCCACAGAUGAUGUUCUAAACUCUUCUUCUGUUAAAGUUUGACAUGUUACACUUGUAACAGUCCGUGCCAUCUGUAUGUAGCACUGUUUCUGUGAUUUCCAUUCAUAUACCUUCUCCCUUAAAUUGUAUUGUUUGUUUAAAACCAUCUGUAGCCAGUGGGUUUUAUGAUUUUAUUUUGCUGUUUGUGAGUAAAUAUAGCAAAUAUUGUGUUUUCACUUUGUAGUGAACCCCUGAUAUAUAAUUUUUGCACAUUUUUUUUUUUUUUUCCUUCAGUGUGUUUCAUUCUCUUUGGCAGAGGGGGGAGUUUGCUGUCACUGACGUUAUGACAACAUCAUUUGCUUUUCUGUUAAAGGUCAAAAUCUUUCCUUGGGCUUACUCAGGGAUGAGAAAUAGGUGUGAAUGUGUGUGUCGAGGAGGUUGUGUGACCUUUGAAAGGUUUGUGUACAUGUAAAGAGAUAAAUAUAUAUAUGUAUAUAUAUAUUCUUGUGUGUUAAACUGCUGUAACCAGAAGCAGUCAUUUCAUUGGCCCUGUGCUUUGGUUUCCCACAAUGUCUCUACACCAUAUGAGGCCUUCCUAACACACUCUGUCCGUCUCUGUGUAACCAUCUGUAUCGGUCUGUUUGUCCGCAUCACAAGCUGUCUGUCCGUCUGCCUGUUGUCCCUUUGACGUCACAAGCCCAGAUCCUCACACAUGCAAGAUUCUGAAAAAAGACUGAGAAAUGAUUCAUCGACCUCAUCAAAGUGGGGACCACUUUUAUAGAAACAAACGAAAACAAAAUGCACAUUUUUUUUGUCAUUUAUAGAAUAGAUAGACUUUAUAAUACUGAUUCAGCACUUUCUAAUCCCGAGGAAGAUAGGGUGAGAGGUUGGUGUCAUCGCAGUUUCUCCCCUCCAAUACGAAUUCCCUCUGUCUCGGCCCGUUCCUGGGUCCAACGGGUUGAGACGACGAGGACAGAGAGUUGAAAUGAAGUUGGAAUGGUCCUCUAUGAACCUGAGAUGACUUUACUUUUUGUUGUACUGAUGUGUGCUUGAACACCGUCGUUCAGUUUUAUUCGUUUUAUUUUCAUGUUGGUUCUAUAUUUGACCUUGCUUCAUGUACUUUGGACUUUGUACUUUUGCUUCAGUCUCCUCUGUAGCACUCUUUUAUCAUGGUUGGAGACGAGAGAAAGUGUUUUAAUGAAUGUUUUUAAGAGUUUUCGAGCGGCUCUGUGACAGCUCUCUCUCUCAUAAGAGGAGCGCCGCUGACAAUUUCCUUGUUUUUAUUUUCAUUUCUCUGGCACAAAUGACAAAAAAAGACAAAUGUUGAAUUUCGAGUUUCAGCAGUUUGAAAAAUAAAUCAAAAGAUUUUCUUUUC